AGGAGGAAUGAGUUAGCAGUUUAGUUCCCUGACUAGCCAUAACUAAGCAGUUGUUCUCCUUAUCGCCCGUCUCCGCAUUGCCCAAAUAGGCAAGGCUGGGCCGAUCGCCCUAAAGAGUUAGCGGCAGAUCAUGUGCCUUGCAUCAGAAACAUCAAUAGUAUAUUUUGGUGUAUAUUGUUUGUUGCAGAAUCAACCAAGUCACUAAAGUCCCCUCGGUCGUAGGCGGUGGGACAAAGGACUGGCAGUCAGUGAAUGGAGUCAGCCAGCAAGCCAGCAAAGCUUACUCAACUGCAGCUGGGGCACUAACUAUGGGCCACUCUAUCAUCGAUGACGCCAGAAUUGGGGGAAGCUGGCCUGCUCCUCGUCAUACGUCACUCGAUGCUCAUCCCGCGCCGCCUCCCUGAUUCUCUCUUUAACGAGAGAUCGUCAGCUCUGCGGCCAAUAAAUAUCUUCAUCCCGGGACGUAGUGAUCUUAAUCUCUCUUGCUUAAGAUCUCACAAUUAACAAUUGUAAGUUGCUCUCACGGAUACUUUAUGUUCUUGUUCGUGGUGAAUCGAGAGCUAACCUUGACGCUAUAAGCAAACAACAACAGCAAUCAACGCUCGAUAUAAUUUCUACAUCUCGCCAGGAUGAAGCUCCAUUUGGCUUCGUAUCUGGUAUUUGCGCUUGCAACCUUUGAGGCGGUUGGAGCAUCCAGCUGGUUUAGCAAGGCUGUUUACAACAAAUGGCAUGAGACUGAGUUAGAAAGAUGGCUCUCCGAUCAUGACAUCCCGUACCCAUCGCCGGCCGACCGCAAGGAUCUCGAGUCCCUAGUGAAGUCCAACUGGGAAGCUAAAGUCCAGAAGCCCCUGGCACAUGUUACACAGCACUCUCAUGAUCACUGGCAUGAUGCCAAGGAAUGGCUCUUUGACACGUGGUCCGACUCCCAGUUGAAGGCGUUCCUUGAUCGUCAUGGUGUUCCUGCCCCCCAGCCUCGCAAGCGUGAUACUCUUUUGAAAACUGCUCGCGAAAACUAUGAGUCUAUUGCCACGAAGCUUGGAGAGGCUGUCGCCUAUCCUGGUAACUGGGUAUACGAGCAAUGGACUGAGUCUGACCUAAAGGAAUGGCUUGAUGAGCGUGGCUGGCCGGUUCCACAGCCCACCACGCGCGACAGGCUUAUUGCAUCGGUUCGUCGUAAUGCUCGACUGGCCAGUUUGAACGCGAAGAGCAUCGCUGCCUCUGCCUCUGCCUCUGCGGAAGCUGCGCAGGCUACUCUGAGCGAUGCCCUGUUCAAGGCUUGGUCCGACUCCGAUCUGAAGAAGUUCCUCGAUGAACACGGUGUCAAGGUACCCCAAGGAUCUCGCCGCAAUGAACUCGUGGCUCUGGCGAGGAAGCACCGCGCCUCUCUGGUUAGCCAGGCUUCGGAGGCCUCUGCCACCAUUUCGUCCACCGCUACUCAGAUCAUUGGAGCCGCUACCUCCAAAGCUGGUAACGAAUACGGCAAAGCCACCGAUGUUGCCGAGUCCAAGGCCCAAGAUACCUUCGAUACCGUAAUUCAAGGCUGGUCCGACUCGCGCUUGAAGGCUUUCCUCGAUGCGCGCGGAGUUCCCGUUCCUCAAAGCAACAAGCGUGACGAGCUCCUUGCUAAGGUGCGGCUCCACAGCCACAAGGCAGCUACUGGCUGGUCUGCUUGGACCUUUGAUACCUGGGACACCGAGCAUUUGAAGAAGUACCUGUCCUCCAUGAAUGCCAAGGCAGCCCACCGCGCCGACAUUACUCGCGACGAGCUUGUCAAGCAAGCCCAGGAGAACUACGCCAAGGCAUCCAAAGCCGGAGGCGCAAACCUCGCAUCGGCCACCUCAUACAUGGCGCAGGCCACCGAUGCAGCCAAGGGUUCCGCCUUCGACACCUGGACCCAUUCCGAUCUCAAGGCUUACCUUGACUCGUACGGCAUCCCGGUCUACCAGGGCUCCGGAAUCAACGAACUCCGCGCCGCUGCUCGCCGCAAUGCGGAAUACUUCCGCUAUGGCACUUCGUCUCCUUCGGGAACCAUCUUCGCUAAGAUGCAAGAGGCCGGCCAGUGGCUUCUGGAUCAGCUGAAGAUCGGCGCGUCCAGUGGCCGUGCCCAGGGUCAGGAAGCCGCUGAGAAGGCCAAGGCUAAGGGGUCUGAGGCUGCUGAGAAAGCCAAGGCCCAGGGAUCCCAUGCUGCCUCGAGCAUGCGGGUCGAGCUGUAAACCAGCCAACCUGACUUCUGAUACUUUUCCUUCGGUGUUGUUCAUGUUUGCCGGGGGCGUUGUUCGUGGGAUACGACGUUAUGACAUCACAUAAUGACUGCAAUCUCGGGGAGGUGGUUGACACGGUCUAUGAUUUUUACUGAAAUCUGGCUGUUGCAAAAGUUGGGGACGGGAGAGAAGGCCGGAUAGUGGAAUUUCAAGUAAUAAAUUUUAGUUUUAGUUUUAUUGAGAUAUUUCGAACAAUGCAAUCAGUGUACAACAACUCGAUCCUAUCAGUAAUGCUAUCUAAAAUCCCGAAACCGUUGCACUGCAUUGAAAUGAUCCUCAUUCAGCAUGACUAAAAUACCAAGGCUUUUAAUAAAGAUAUGAAUCGCUUAUACCCGAAUUUG